AAAUCUCUGUUUGUGUACAUUUGUUAGUUUCGCCCAUUUGUCGGAUCACGAUCGAUUUUAGUAUUUGUAUUUUGUCAAGGAAAUAGUUUAGAUGACAUAAAUUGUUUUCAAACCUAAAGUUUGCAAUAAUGUCUCAAGCGCUAGAGCGACGCGAGGCAACCAUUCAGCAAGGCGUAUCGGAGUUAAUUAGAUUACUGACCGGAUUCGAGGAAACGGAAGAAAAUUUCACAAUCUGCCAGCAGUUUUCACUGGCAACAAUCCGGAACCACCGCUUUAUCACGGUCAACAGUCAUGAAAUUCGACGCAAGGCAGACGGAUUGAUGGAGAACCUACGGAUUUCCAAUAUGGAAAGACAAGCCGAACAAUUCCGUAUGCUGUUUGAACAGUUUACAAACGAUCCGGUAUGUGUGAAUCAUUAUGAGCAUGACAUACAGUGGUCAGUUUUGCUAUUUCUUAUGACCGUGGCACAUAAUCCAAUUGGCGCUUUGAAGGAACGUCUAAGACGUGGUUCUCCGCUUUCUUUGAUUGAGGUCAAUGUUCAGCCGGCGGUGCCGUUGAACGACGAUGAAAGGAUUGAGUUGCUGGAAGAUUUGCGAGCCGAUAAUAUAAGUGUUGGAGCGAAUGAUUCGGAUGACGAUUCGGAGUUGAGCGAGUGGUCCGAUUCGGAAAAUGACGAAGAGAAAGAUGCCGCCAAUCCGUGUAAAAUAGAAGAGCAAUGCGUUACCAAAGAAGUCAUCGUUUUCAGCCGAGUUGAACCUCCAAAGCGGGACAUAGGAUAUGAGCAGUUCGACGGAUCUAAGUCGAAGAAGUGGCUAAAGGAGAACAUUCAGAAUUGCUGGUGGAAAGAUCCCAAAGCUAAAGCAGACGUGAACAGCUCACACGAAGGAGCCUCGUUUUGUGAUUAUUGGAACCAAACCAUACUGAAAGCAUCGCAUAGCUUCAUCAAACCAGAUCCGGUUUCAACCGUUUCGGAGUACUGUUUGGUUCGGGAAAUUCUUUGGAUGUUUACGAAUCCGGUCAACUGCAAGUUUUUUCGAAUCGACGACGAUCAAGUGUGGAUAAACCCAAACGUGUCUCUUUCUAGCGCAACCGAGCGUGGUCUGCACACGUUUCUACUGAACUUCACCGAACAUAUGACUAUCGUCUAUCGGUUACGUAAUUUUUGUCUCAGGGUUUCAGAAACAACAAACAGCCCCAUCCCCGCACCAUACAGCUUCGAGUGCUAUGCGUCAGCAGUCCGCAAUUUCCUGGACCAUUUGCAGGCGACCGUUGUUGAGCUGGAGAAGCAAGCUAUCGCCCAGCAACCGGACAGAAUAUUCACCAUAAUCACACUGUUUCACGAUCUGGAACCGGAAUUUCAACUUCUCAAGAAUCUCAACGAUAUCCAUCGUUUCUCCGUGCUAGACUGGACUAAAUUUCCAGCGCACAUUGCAGUCGCUCAUUUGCUCUCGGGGUUGUUUCGAAGUGUAAAGCUAAGUGGCAACCUGGAAAAGACUAAUCUGGCAUUUGCCUUGCUGCUGUCGACUCUGAAAGGUUACAUGAAUAUAAUCGAUAUCUGGUGGACCGGAGGCCGACUGGACGAUUGGCGGGGGGAAUUCCUCGUGGAGAAGACCUAUGCCGAAGAUGCCAGCACGGAAACCGGGUAUCGCGCACGGUUGUUUUCGAAGUGCAAGCAGCGCUCGUUUUACGUCAGUUCUGUCAUUUCGGAAGUGAUUGAGAAUGAUGCGAUAAUACAGCUGCUGAUGCAUCACUCGCUCGAGGCUGGCUACACGUUGAAUAUAUUGAAUGGGUUGGAUCGGAUUAGCGAUUUGAGAAGUGGUUGCGAAUCGGACGAGAGUAUGGUGUACGUCGGUUUCCUGGAAACAAUUGUGGAAGUGCUGGAAGGAUUCAGAACGGACGACGGAGUGAUUGCAGAAGAGACAUGCGAUGAUGUAUCGAGGUUGGAUAGGAUUGCAAAGGACACGGUCAACACAACAAAACUGCAAAAUCUGCGCAACCAGAUUAAGGAAAUUUGUGAUGACGAAAUGCUAAUGAUGGCUUUGGAUUGUUCUUUGCAAUUGGCCUGCACAGAUGAACAAACGGAAGCUGAACUUCAAUCGGAGCCAAACGCAGAUUGUCUUACUAAUGCGUAUUCCUUGUACAAUCGGGUCAAUUCAAUAUCGAGCCAUCUGAUGCUUCCGUUAGAGCAGGUGUUGUUUAGCACUAUCAAGAACUUGAUGGAAACAAAGCGACAGGCUGCAAACCAUUUCGUGACUACGAUCUACAAAGAGGAGUUUCUCGUUCUAAAUCAUUUGAAAAAUAUUCGAAAGGUGCUGCUGUUGGAAGCAAGUGACUUGAUGUAUUACUUCUACAGUGAUUUGUUCCGUCGCAUCGAGGCCGGCGAAAGCUGGGCUAAUCCUUAUCUUUUAACGAUUCAGCUAAACGAUAUCCUGGCUUCGAGAUUCACCGAUAUGACCUCGCUAUUUACGAUUGAAAUUCUGUCAGAGUACAAAGCGGAAACUACGACCGUGUUGGAUGCAAUCGACAAACUCCGAAUACUGUACAAUCCGAGCAAUGAUCUCAGCAAUAUGAUCAAUGAAGAAACAAUGACCAGCUACAAUUGCGUAUUCCGUUUUCUGUUGAAGGUUAAGUGGGCGCUUUGCACGCUGGAAUCUUUGCGCUAUCCCGAGUGCUACAAGCGUAGACCGCCAUACGAGGAGCCGUGUGUGUUAGACUUAAAUCUGAAGCGACUGGCGAUGUUGAAAUUUUGGAUGAUCUUUACGGUCCAGUGCAUUCACUCGCAUCUGAUGACCCACGUGCUGCAGUCGCUUGGCAUGCAGCUGGAUGAGAGGUUGGAUGCCGCUGAUAAUCUUAAUGAUAUGAUAGCCGUCCAUCAGUCUUACAUUAGCACGAUCUACGAACAUUGCUUCCAACGAGAGGAGAGUAAAUUGUUUCAUGAGGGCGUCAUUCGUCUGCUCAACUUGGUACACAUCGUACGGGAUGAAUGGAACAAUAAUGUUGUCUACUCAGAAAUGGACGCACGCGGAGAUAUCGAGGAUAAUAGUAUGAUUGGAGAGUUUAUUAGCAAUGCACAGGUUGGCAUGUUGGAACAGACUUAUUGUUUGUGCCAUCAAGAGCUGGUGAAGCUUUUGAAUAAGGAAGUUUAUACUAAACAUAAGGCACACCUUGCCGCCUUUGCUGAUGCCCUCAGCUACAACAUCCCCUAUUAAACUGAAGUUAAUUUAAUCAAGUGUUCCAAAUUUUGGUGAGUAAACUUUAUUCCUUUCGUUAA